GUCGAUAUUAUUACAUCUGUACGCGUGUGUGCGAAAUGUAUUGUUACUGACAUAUAUAUUUUUUCAUAUCCAUAUGUUGGUAAGCUAGAAAAUAAUGUAUGACACGAGGAAUGCCAAACGAAUGACAGUAGGACUAACGAAGGUUAUGUUAUUACAUAGUUUUCAUCUUAUUCAUUUAUUUCUUGAAUCUGUACUCGUAAUGUAGAAUUUUUUUCAACAUAGAGAUAUAAGAAUUUUGCAAAAAGUGGGACAAGAUGGAGACAAGGCCUUUUUUUCUGGAUGGCUCAUGAAAUCAAAGUUGCCAUAUUUGGCAUUUUACACAUCGUACGAUCUUUACACAUUUGAGCAUUCACGCUAUAACCUUACAAGGAAAAUAUUGUGUUAUUUAUUGAUAUUCCUGUGCUUAUAUAUAUAUAUUAUAUAUAUACAUAUAUAUAUCUGUGUAUGUGCGUGUGUAUAUAUAUACACAUAUCUAUAUAUAUGUGUGUAUAUAUAAUAUACACAUUUAUAUAUAUAUAUGAAAAGUGAUGUGAUAUGUCUCUCUUUUAACUUAUACAAUUUCGUAUGAAUAUUUUCAUUAAAAGAGAUAUUCAUGUACAUAUAUUUCUACUACUUUUGUUUACAUCUAUAAUUUAGUAAAAUAAAUGUGUAGAAAAGGGAUAUUGAAGAAGUUAUUUAAAUUGAAGAAACAGCGUAAAAAGAAAAUGAAGAUGAAACGAAGUAAAUCAUUAUCACCAGAACCCUCUAGUAGUGGAGAAUCGAAAAGAAUAAAAUACGAAGAGUCACACCCACAUUUGCUUGAUUUUUGUGAUGAUAUUCUGUUGAAUAUAUUGAAAUAUUUAAACCCUCAAGAUCUUAUGGCAUUGAGCUUAUGUAGUCAACGUUUGGCACAAGUUACACGAGAUAGAACCUUAUGGAGAAAAGUGGAUUUUCGUACAAUUCCUAUGCCUCUGAAUGAUCUAGAAAAAUAUACAAAAUUCUUUCAACCAAUGACAACUAAUGUAGCGAUGCGUGGUGAUUUACAUUCCAACAAGUGUUUAGGACUGACACCAAAAUUUUUUGAUACCAUAAACACACAUUGUGGUCAGCUAAAGGAGUUAGUUAUAGAAGAUUAUUAUAUAGAUGGUGAUGAGGUUGAGAUAACUGAUUUUCCAAGAACAAUCGAAAAACUUUCAUUGAAAGGAUGUGAAAUGGGUCAUUUGCAAAGUAAUAAGUCAUACUUCUUUAAAAUUGACCUUCAUAUGCCUAAUUUAACAUGUUUAAUUUUAAGUAAUUGUCAAUGGUUCAUGCCACAUUCUCUAUUAGUAAUUAGUAAAAUAUCAAAACUUAAAGAACUCAGAUUGAAUUCUUGUCAUCGUUUGGGUGAAUGCGUAGCUUAUGCCAGUUUGGCAACCAGAUUUGGAUUUAAAACAUUAGAGACUUUAGAUUUACGAGAUACUGCGCUUGGAGAUAGUGAAGUUAGUUGCUUUAGUAGUACUAAAACUCUAACGCAUUUAUAUUUGGAAUGUCCAGCAGUUUUAAGAAACACUGAUGCAGGAAAUUUUCGGCGACCUGUAUUCGAAGAUGGAAAUAUUGUUCAAUUUUUAGUUGAAGGUAAUUGGGAAAAUUAUGGAUUUCAAAGACGCUUAAUCUCAGAUAGAGCAAUUCGUGCCAUAGGGAGUAUUGCUAGAAGAGUAAUUCAUACUUCUCCGCAUGGGAUUAUAUUUUUAGAAGAAGAAAAUCAAAUAUUUAAUAAUCCUCUUCUUAAAACAUUAGUCGUUAGGAAUUAUCCACGGGUUACAAAUUCUAGUCUUGUUUAUUUGGCAGAACAUGUAUUAAGUUUAGAGCAUCUUGAUGUAACUGGUACAUCUGUUACAAGAGAAGGUGUUCAAAAAUUCAAAUCAAAGAGACCUAAUGUAAAGAUUGUUUCUUCAUUCGAGGAUACGUAGUUACUCUUCAUAUAUUUAAGCAUUUGUUGUGUAUGAGUGUUCGAUGUUUUGUAUCAUUAUUAUAGCUUCAAGCGUUUAGUUUUCUGUCUACAAAAAAGGAUGGUACUGCAAAACUAAUUGGUAAUGUAUUUACAGAAUCGAGAAUACUUUCCUAAUUAUGUAAAUAUAUCUUCUCUUACAGCUAAAGAAAUGUAUUUGAAUCUUAUAAGAGUACAUAUAAUAAUUUUAAGUAGGCGAUAUUAAAAAUUUAUAUCUUCAUUAUUAUUAUUAUUAUUAUUAUUAUUAUUAUUAUUAUUAUUAUUAUCAUUAUCAUCAUCAUCAUCAUCAUCAUCAUCAUCAUCAUCAUCAUCAUCAUCAUUAUUAUUAUUAUUAUUAUUAUUAUUAUUAUUAUUAUUAUUAUUAUUAUUAUUAUUAUUAUUAUUAUUAUCAGAUUUAUAUGAAAGAAUAAUUCAUAUAAUUUCUUUUUUAUUUCUCAUAUUUUAAAAAUUUAUUGUGUAUAUAUAAAUAUAGAUUAAGCUGUGCACACAAUCCCUAUUGUAAUAAGCUUUUUUAAAAAAAAUAUGUUAAUAAUAUAGAAGAAUUUUGAUGAGUUAUAGGACAAUAUUAUCCAUUUAAAUAUUUCAAUAAUGCAGGAAGCGCGGGAACGUUAAAGGUAAUAGUAAUUUGUGUUUAUACUCGAAAUAUCACUUUAUUGGGGAUUAAAAAAGAAACGAUAAUUAUUAAUGGGAUAAUUAUAGAAAAAUAAAAAAAAUUCAGAUCUCAUUUAGCACUGUAGAUUAAGAUAAUUCCAUGUGUAAAGUAUUCAUAAAUAUUAUGAUUUCUAUGUAACGAUAAAAUGUGUGUGUCACAAUAAUAAUGAUUAAUAUAUAAUAAAUUUUGAUAAUAUGCGAUAAUUAUUAAAUCACUAUAAUAAAUUGUAAAUAUCACAACAUAUUCAUAUAUAUGGAUGUUAUAAAUAAAUUACAAAAAUAAAUAUACAUCUUAAAUAGUAA